AUGGCUGUGAUGUUACCUAAAAAUGGUCCUUCUCAUGCCUCUGCACCUCAUCUAGCUCUUCAGAACCUUUUCAGCCUCAGUUGUCUUGUGAUACUGUUUCAGGGCGCACUCAUUCUUUCUGCACCCCUAAUGCCCUGCCUUCUCAAGCAUUUUUCCAUCCUGGGCUUUUUGCAUGCAGUGAUGUGAGGGGAAUUCUCAGCUUAGUUUAGUCAUAUGAUGAAUCAGAGACACAGAUUAAGAGUUUAUCAGGGAUACAUACUUCCAGUGAAAGAUGCAUAUCUAGGCAUCUACAGCAAGAAACUCGUGGGUUAUGCAAAAUUCUUUCCAAAGGAAACAGGAAAAAAGGUUAAUAAAACUUUACAAAAGUGA